CCCAGAGCUCUUCAACUAAAUUCCAUAGUGUGCAUCUUUAAGAGGCACUACGACAUAUUUCCUGAUUACAUUACACGGCCUAUUUACUAAUACUUAACCGGUUAGCCAGUAUUAAGUAUUAUAUAUAUCUCUAUCACUUCCGGUUAUAUCGUUGAGGUCAAACGAAGUAAAGAGAACUCAAUUGCAGGCAAAAAGCGAGCCGUCUCUCUUAAGUUCUUAAGUGAAUCCUUGAUAUAUCUUACUAUGUAUAGGUUGCAACAUCGUCAAUCGACUCCACAAUUACGGCGUCUGAAAACAAUAGUCAUAAGGCCGGCACGGUCCUCCUCGACUACUUCACUUAGCAACCAAUUUCAUCUUUUAUCAUAGAUAGGUAUCCAUCUUUCUUCACUUACCUCAGGUAGAAUAAGUAGCUCAAAGAAGAAACUAACUACUUGUCAGCUGGCCCAUCAACAUGGCAUCCACUCAACAACCGCCGGAGAUCACUGUCAAUGAUCUGACAUACACCUUCCCCGACUACAGGACAGGCAUCCGGGGCGUAUCGCUAAACGUCCCGCCGCGCAGCCGCACCCUUCUGAUCGGCGCCAACGGCGCGGGUAAAACAACGUUGCUGCGCUUACUAGCUGGCAAGCGUCUCGCGCCCAGCGGCAGCAUCAACGUGUCGGGAGUCGACCCCUUCAAAGAGGGGCUGGAAGGAGUGACGUACCUCGGCUUAGAAUGGGUGCUUAACCCCAUCGUGCGGACCGACAUCGGGGUCGCCGAGCUCCUGCGCUCCGUCGGCGGCGACGCGUAUCCCGAGCGGCGGGACGAGCUGAUCGGCGUGCUGGACAUCGACGUCGCGUGGCGGAUGCACGCGGUCAGCGACGGCGAACGGCGACGCGUGCAGCUAGCCAUGGGACUCGUGCGUCCGUGGACCGUGCUGCUGCUCGACGAGAUCACGGUCGACUUGGACGUGCUGAGCCGGGCCGAGUUCCUCGGGUGGCUGAAGCACGAGACCGAGAUCCGGGAGUGCACCAUCGUGUACGCCACGCACAUCCUGGAUAACCUCGCCGGCUGGCCCACGCACCUCGUCCACAUGCACUUGGGUACCGUGCGCGAGUGGGGGCCUGCCGAGCAGUUUCUGGACCAGAUAGGUACGGGCGAGAGCACGGGGAACAGUCGGCUGGGAGAACUGGUGCUGGGGUGGUUGAGGUCGGAUUUGAAGGAGAGGGGGCCGAGGAACCAGAAGAAGAUGGGGACGGAGGGGCUAACGUAUUCGCAGGGGGGUCUUGGCGGGUAUGGGCUUGAGGAUAUCAAGAAGAUGUAGGUUUGCUUGGAUGGAUGGAUGGAAUAUUUUUGGAUGGGUGGGAGGUGAGACUAUGUCAGGGUCUGGCUUGGUGGCCAUGGAGGCCAGGGUGGAUGCACUUAACUUGCAUGGCACGGCGCAUUUUCAACAUGGGGAUGGGGAUGGGGAUGGUAAAUGGGCUCCACGGAUAUCUGUGCCGAGGUAGGGGCGUUUAGGGAUGGAUUGGAAUGAAGUCAAUGAACUAGCAUAAAAGAAUGAAGAGCACCGUGGUUAUUGCGGGAUGGUGAGUCGUUUCAGAUACCCUUUCAACAGGACAGACCUCGAAUAGUAUUAGGGGGGUUGAUUAAAAUAGAUGAAGAAUAAUACUUGCAUGAUCACGGUCGA